ACAAGUUGGCCGGGAGUUUAGGAGUAGAAGAAGAGACUACAACAAAUGGAGACUCUGGCCACGCACUCCCUGCUGCACCUGCACCUCACUAACCCUUUCCUCCUCCUCCUCUCUCUGCUCUUACCUGUCCUCCUCUUGUUCCUGCGACGUCAAAGAACAGCAGCGUCCUCGACGAAGCUCCCAUUGCCACCUUCCCCCUCCAGGAUUCCCAUCCUCGGCAACCUGCACCAGCUGGGUUCCCUUCCUCACCGCACUCUCCGGGCCAUGGCGGCCAGGCAUGGUCCUAUCAUGCUCCUCCAGCUGGGGCAAGUCCCCGCGCUGGUGGUGUCCUCCGUCGACAUGGCGCGGGAGGUCAUGAAGGAGCAAGACCAUAUCUUCGCCAGCAGGCCUUCUCUGAAGGUGCCCAACAUGCUCCUCCGCGACGGCCGGGACGUGGCCUUUGCGCCCUACGGGAACUAUUGGAGGCAGGUAAAGAAGGUGAGCCUCCUCCACCUGCUCAGCGCCAAGAUGGUCCGGUCGUUCCGGACUGUGAGACGGGAGGAGGUGGCCCGCAUGACCGACGAGAUAUCUCGGUCGAGCUCUUCCGGCCCCGUCGACGUGACAGGGGCCCUGAAAUCUCUCGCGAAUCAUAUCAUCAGUAGAAUUACCUUGGGAAGCUCCUCAAAGCAAGAAUCAUGGGAUAGACACAUCGUAGACUUGCUGGGAGAAGCCUCCACGUUGACGGGAGCCUUCCAUGCGGGGGACUAUUUUCCUUCGCUUCCAUGGCUGAGCAGACUCAGCGGUUUGGAGGAGAGGGUGAAGAGAGUGUUGGACGUCAUCGACCCAAUUCUCGAUGAGAUCAUCGAGAAGCAUAGCAGGCGGUCGAGGGAAGACGAACGUGAGACGGACUUCGUCGAUAUUUUGCUCUCUCUGCAGGAGGACCCCGAGAUGAAGCGCUUCAUCAGCAACGAGACCAUCAAAGCGAUAGUCACGGACAUGUACGCUGCUGGAACGGACUCCACGCACAUCGUCAUCGAAUGGGCCGUGGCAGAGCUGAUCCGGAACCCAGGAACCAUGAAGAAGCUGCAAGAUGAGGUGAGAUCGGUGGCAGGAUCUAAGCACACGCUGGAGGAGGACGACUUGGUCAAUGGAAUGGACUACCUGAGGGCUGUGAUAAAGGAAUCCAUGCGACUCCACCCGCCCGGGACCUUGUUGGUUCCGAGAGAGCUGAUAGAGGAGACGACGAUCGCAGGCUACAGAAUCCCCAAGGGGACAAGAACCUUCGUCAACGUCUGGGCCAUCGGAAGGGACCCCAACAUAUGGGAAGCUCCCGAUGACUUCCGCCCCGAGAGGUUCCUCGGGAGCUCCGUGGAUUACAGAGGCCAGCAUUUCGAGCUUGCUCCGUUUGGCGCGGGGCGGAGGAUGUGUCCGGGAAUUGGGUUCUCGGUCACGAUCAUCGAGCUCGCCCUUGCAAAUCUCAUGCUGCAGUUCGAUUGGAAGUUGCCUGACGGCAUGAAGAAAGAAGACAUGGACAUGAUCGAAACUUUUGGGGUCACCACACGUAUAAAGAGCGGCCUGCGACUUGUUGCGACACCUCGAUUCUGAUAGGAGUCGGUCGAAGACAAAAUAUGGCUUCUAUAUGUUGGAAUAAAGAUAAUAAAAAGAAAACUGUGUUGUAACAUGUAGUCAAA